CAGCGCAGGCAGCAGGUUUAGUUAGUGUGUGUGAGGGGUGUGUGUGUGUAGGAGGCUGAGGCAAGCAGCCUGCCAGAGAGUGAAGGGGGGGAGAGAUGUGAACCUUACUACAGUGGUGGCUGCAGACACUAAUUUGGGGGACAGUUAUGGGCUGCAAAGCCAGCAGAUUAUGUUGCCUACGAGCCAGGAACAAGAAACAACGAAAAGAAAAACGGAAGGAGACCUCUCAAGAGCUGAAUGAUCCAACUGAUAAUUUCCAUGGCCUUAAUGACUUGCUCCAGAAAAUCGCUCACCAUGAGCAGGAGAUUAAAGAGAUCCUUCAGAAACACCAGGAGGAGAAGCGAUCCAUGGCAGAGGUCCACAAGACCGAGAUGGAGGCUCAAAAACAAGAGUUGCUGGAACAGGUGCGGAGAGAUAGAGAUGCUGACGUAGAAAAGCGCCUUUCCGAGCAGGCCUCGGCAAUGAAAAAAGAACUGGACGCGAAGUUUGCAGAGCUGCAGGCAGCUUAUGAACAGGAAAAUCUUUUACUGAAAGAGAACUAUGAAGAAAUAACCACUUCCCUUCAGGAAACUGUUAUUGGGUUAAAUUCCCAGCUGGCGUCCUUCCAAGAAAAAAUGAAGCGCGUGGAGGAGUCGGUCUUAAAUCAGGAUUACAAGAAACACAUUGAGGAUCAUGGAAGCCCUGGUCAGUUCUGGGAGCAAGAGCUGCAGAGCCUGCACUUUGUCAUUGAAAUGAAGCGGGGACUGAUCCAGGAGCAGGAGAAAAAACUUUUUAAACACCAGGAAAUAGCUGACAGAAAUCUAGAGCUUGAAGAAAAAGUCAGCAGGAUGGAGCAUGAGAUAGAAGCUCUAACAGCAAAGAUUCAGAACCAAACAGCCAUCACUAUCCGUUUGACAGAGGAAUUGCUGAGUUCCCAAAAUGCCCUAGAAAAGGAACAGCAGCUCCGUGAACAACUUCAGUGGGAAAAGGAGCAGUAUCUGUACCAGGCGGUAAAUGGGGAAGGUCCUCGGCCACUCUCACUGCCAACCAGCACAAAGGAAGUAUCUCUGAUGGCAACCUAGAACUGUGUCCUGCCGAACAUCCUUGACUAUGGUUCCAACACCGUUCUGUUUACUGAAAAAGCAGCGUCCCAUCAGUAAUAAGACACAAACGGCCAUAGGUCACAAACAAACUUUCGUUAUUUAUUUUUAAUGUUUUUUUCCUUGCCAGUGGAUAUUUUUUUUUUUUUUUCGACCAUUCCAGGAAUCUUAAAAUCUUCAUCACAGUUGAAACCCUUGUGUGUCACUCAUCACUCUGUUGUAAAAUAUAUGCUUUGCUCUUCCACCCCAGUACACACAAAUUGCCAAAAAAGCACAUUUAUGCAUUAUUUUAGUUUUAUUCUUUUAGAAAUGAAGCACUUGAGGUUAUUUCUGACUCUGGGGCCUUGGUGCCUCGCUGCAAUAGGGUGCCCGGUUGUCGAAAUGCCGCAGAAGCCUUAGAAUGUACAUAACGGCCGUGUGUUGCUUACUUGAAAUAAUACACACGUUUAGUCACUAAAACUUAAGUGGAGGUGUGAUGAACAGUUACCUAUAGAUUAGGAAACACUAAACCCAAUGACAUAUGGAACAAGAUCCUCCGUUAUUAUUCUACUCACUUAGUACUCUAGCAUUUCUCUACAGCUCACCUACAAGUGUCUCUGAUAAUCUGUUUCUUCCACCAAGUAAGCCUGUUUUGCUGUUUUGACGGUAACUUUGGAGGGAAAAAAAUAUAUAUCUGCACAACUGCACUUUUGUUAAUGGGAAUAUGCCACUAAAUUAAUAUUGAACAGUGCCAAAAAUAAAGAACACAAAUACACUGGACUAUCUGAACUACGAAAUUAAAAUAUUUUCACGAAUGCCAAAGGGACUGAGACAACCUUUUUUUAUUUUUUUUAUUCUUAUGUUUUGGGCUAUAUGAGAAUAUCUCUAUACACUUGUCUUGAGCUUUACAUUUGCUUGUCAUUUUGAUAGGACAACGUAGGGAUGAAGAUGUUUAAAAAGAACCAAAGGAGGACUCCUUAGCUCCCAGUGAUAUAAGUACCCCAAAAUGUUAAAACCACAACGAAGGGACCGAAAUAACAAGCUCUACAAAUCAAUGAGGGAAGUACGUGGUAGGGAGCAAUUUCUUCAACCCUUAAGACCUAUAAGAAAGUCCAGCAAA